UGGGUAAAUUUUUGAAUUGCAGGACUGAAGAAUCCGCCUAAGCAGAUGCAGGGAAAGAAUUACAAAAAGUGGUUGUCGGGGUCCUAUAUAGCUAGAAGAUCAGCUUCCCAUACAAUCGGCUGUUCACAGAAUUAUUGAAUGUUUCCAAUGCAGAAGGGAGGUGGCCAUCGCAGUCUUUCUUCACCAAUGUUCAAGCAGUACAGCCACAAAAUUCGACCAUCUGCAAUGGCAUAUGAAGAAAUUAAGAAAAAAGGAGACAGCAUCGUGUUGGAGAGUGGGAUUGAGGAAGUGGGUUUAGUUGCAGGCCGAAGUCAGAGAGAAAAAAAACGUUCCUAUAAAGAUCUCCUCCGAGAAGAGGAGGAAAUUGCUGCUCAAGUGAGAAAAUCCUCAAAGAAACGCAAGGACAGUGAGUUUUAUUUGUUACCCGGAGAAUCACAUAAGAAAAAGAAGAAGUAUUAUGAUGAGGAAUAUCAUUAUGGAGAGCUCUCUCCAUUACACUCGCUGAAAAAGAAGAAAAAAGUGGAAUCCUCCUCAUCUUCUUCACACACUGAUACAGCAAUGGGUCUCCUGAAGGCCAUAACUUCUCCCCUGGCUACAGGAUCAAAACCGAGCAGCCAUUCCAAAAAAACAGCUUUCUCUCCCUAUAGCCACAACUCUUUCUCAAUGUAUUCUGGUAGUGGCAGUGGUAUUAAGGAGCGUCGGAAAUCUGGGGAUGAUUUGGUACAUCAUAAAUCCUUAAAGAAGUCAUCUUCUAAAGGAACAGGACUGUAUGUGAAUACAAAUCUUUCAGAACCCCUGACUCUGCGGGAUGCAGAAGGACUGAAGAUGAAACUUAUUCUUUCUCCAAAAGACGAAGGAGGGGACAGUGACAAUUUUAGUUACCCAGCCUCACAUAGCACCCCUAUGCAUACCUCCAGUCAUUCAAAGAAAUCUUCAAAGAAACCCAGCCGUGACCAUGGAAGUGGAGGCACUGUAGUGUUAAGUAAGACUAUUCGUAAAAAACAUCCCAAAGAACCUUUGCCUAUUGUAGGUCAGGAAGUGGAAGUUGAAGGGAGGUUUGAACCAGAGUUCUAUGGAGAUGUAUCUGGGUUUGAUCUCUCUGGUGUAUCUGGUGGAUCUUUAGAAGGGUUUGGAGACACCGGAUCUUCCUCAGGUGGAGAGCUGGAGGCCGGAGAACUUAUCAUUGAUGAUUCAUACAGAGAGGUGCAGAAAAAAAAAAAGAAAUCAAAAAAGAGUAAAAAAAAGAAAGAUAAAGAAAAACACAAAAGUGAGAAGAAACAUAGCAAACUCAGCAAGAAAAGUAGCAGUGGUAGUAAUGUUCAACCGGUGACAUCUCCAGGUUCUACUAUAGCUCAUUCUUCUAAUGAAGCUACACAUGGACAUAGUCAUUCGGUUUCCAAAUCCAGUCAUGGAGCCUCUGGUACAUCAGGAACUGGUGUUUUUGCAGGUUCUGCAUCCACAUCUACAUCAAGCACAGGAGCUUUUGUGGUUAAUCCACCUCCUAUUAUUCACCACCAUCAUCAUCAUCAUCAUUCCACAGAAUCAUCAGCUGAAAAGAAGAAAAAGAAAGAUAAAGAGGACAGGGAAAAAGACAAAUCAGAGAAGGAGAAGCCUAAAAAGAAGAACAUGACAGCCUAUCAAGUGUUUUGCAAAGAGUACAGAAUCAAUAUUAAUGCCGAACACCCUGGCCUUGUCUUCGGUGAGUUAAGCAAAAAGUUGGCUGAAGUCUGGAAACAUCUUCCUGAAAAAGACAAACUGGUGUGGAAGCAAAAGGCACAGUAUCUGCAGCACAAACAGAACAAAGCAGAAGCCAUGACAGUCAAGAGAAAGAGUUCAGUAUCUGAUGGAGGAACUCCAAAAAAUAAAGUUCCUUCACCUCGUGUAACCUCACCAUGUAGGAAGUCUCCUACAGGAAGUGUGUCCAUGUCUAUGUCACCAGCCCGUGUUCCAGAUGUAGACCCAAUAGAUGUAGCAGCACACCUACAAUUGCUUGGUGAAUCUCUAAGCCUCAUUGGACAUCGUUUGCAAGAAACUGAGGGUAUGGUUGCAGUAUCUGGUAGCCUUUCUGUAUUACUUGAUUCAAUUCUUUGUGCUCUUGGACCUCUGGCCUGCCUGACAGCUCAAGUUCCUGAACUGAAUGGAUGUCCUAGACCAGUACUAUCAAAUACCUUGGACAACAUUGCAUACAUCAUGCCAGGCCUCUGACAACAGUGACGGCUUGGAGGACGACAUACCUUCAGCUUUUGUGUAGAUAAUGGAAAAAAGAAAUCUAUUUUAUAUUUUUAAAUUUACUUUAAAAUGUGACACGACUGUUUUAUUGGAAAAACAAACCAACUUUUUUAUAUGUCGAUGGCAUAUGU